GCAACAACUUCCUGUUUGUCUGCGCUCUCAGGCCAGAGCAAUCGAAUGUCGACGUAGAUCUCCAGUCAUAACAUCCGCUAGAGAAGUCGAGAUAAUCAUGGAUCUACACUAGAGUACACAAUUACAAGCCCAAAAGCAGAGCAGGAUUCAAAAAUGGAUUUUGGCGAGAACCCCGGGUCUGAGUCGGAAUCAGACUACCUUCCUAGUCCCACUGCCCCAGAACCUGAACCCAAUGUGACUGUGAAGGAAGAGGAAGAGGGAGAUAGUGACAUGGCUGAUCCAGGCCACCUCCCAGGUCCCACCGUGGCAGAAAGACCAAGAUUUAAUAUGAUUAUCAAAGAAGAGGAGGAGGAAGAUGAUGAAGCAGAAGCAGAGGAAGAUGAAAUGGUUUACCCAGGAGACAGGAUAAAGUCGGACCCAGACUAUCUUCCAGAAGUGACCGUGGCAACAGGGCAACCACAACACCAGAAGAAGAAGGCUGCGAAGAAGCUUCAUCCAUGUCCUGACUGUGGGAAGACAUUUGACAGACCAUCACACCUAGAGAGACAUGAGAAUACCCACACCAGAAUCAAGAAGCUGGCCCCCGACUACACUUGUUCGUACUGUGGCAAGAUCUUCGCUAAACCGUCAAAGCUGGCUCGGCACGAGCGAGGACACACCGGAGAGAAACCGUACUCUUGCUGCAAGUGCGGGAAGUGCUUCGCCGAGCCGGGGCACCGGAAGAGCCACGAGCUGACGCACAAUGAAGAGAGACCGUACACCUGCGCGGACUGCGGGAUAGGCUUCUUCAACCAGUCCAAGUUGCAACGGCACCAACGCACACACACAGGUGAGAAACCGUACUGCUGCACUGAAUGUGGGAAGACCUUUGCUCGGUCAGGAGGCCUAAAGACUCACUGGCUAAGCCACACGGGAGAGAGACCAUACCUCUGCUCUGACUGUGGGAAAAGCUUCUUCAGCUCUGGGGACCUGAAAGUCCACCACUUGACCCAUACCGGAGAGAAACCACACUGCUGCUCCGUGUGCGGGAAGGGUUUCGCGCAGAGGGGGAACAUGAGGGCUCAUGAACGGUCUCACUCGGGGGAAAGGCCUUACAGCUGUGCCGACUGCGGGGCCAACUUCGCCCAUUCUAACUAUUUAAAGAUACACCGGCGCAUUCACACGGGAGAGAGACCCUUCCCUUGCCCCGUCUGCGGCAAGAGGUUUAUUCUAUCCGGGCACCUCGGAAGACACCAGAAAACACACAUACCCAAAAACAACACUUAGGAGAACACACAUAUCCAAACACACACGGGACACACUCAUGAGCUUACUGAAGUAUAUUUUAUUUGCAUAUAAUCAUGAACUACAAUGAAACGGAUGAAGAACAAAAAAUAAAAGACAUGGUAAAAGUCCUGAGAGAGCGAGGGUAAGGGAUGCUCCCCCGUGAAGCUCCGCCCUCAACACUCCUCUUUCCAUACUGUGUCCCAAAUAACACCCUGUUCCCUAUAUGGUGCACUACCGGGUCAAAGGUCAAACCUAUAUAGAGCAGAGGGUGCCCAUUGGCCUCUUCCACUGUUUUAAUCUAAACAUUGUAUAGAAUUGAUUUGGCAGGUUGUUGUAUGUAUAUAUAUAUAUGUUGUGUGUCUUUGUCCUGAACGUUUUUGGUGGUUUUCAUAAUGUGAGAGCUCUGGUGAGUAAAGUUUCUAAUGUAGUUAGUUACCUGUAAACCACAGUUUCGGCCUCUCCUGGUAGGCAAAGUCUCUUCAGAUCAUUUAAGCACGACUUUUUCCACAUUUUGUUACGUUACAGCCUUAUUCUAAAAUUGAUUAAAUUGUCCCCCCCCCUCAAUCUAUACACAAUACCCCAUAAUGACAAAGCAAAAAGGCCUGUCUUUACAGUCCCUGCUGCUGAAAAACAUCACCACAGCUUGAUGCUGCCACCACCAUGCUUCACCGUAGGGAUGGUGCCAGGUUUCCUCCAGACGAGACGCGUGGUUUCAUCAGACCAGAUAAUCUUGUUUUUUAUGGUCUGAGAGUCCUUAGGUGCCUUUUGGCAAAUUCCAAGUGGGCUGUCAUGUGCCUUUUACUGAGGAGUGGCUUCCAUCUGGCCACUCUACCAAAAAGGCCUGAUUAGUCUAGUGCUGCAGAGAUAGUUGUCUUUCUUGAAGGUUCUCCGCCGAGGAACUCUGGAUCGGGUUCUUGGUCACCUUCCUGACCAAGGCCCCUCUCCCCCGAUUGCUCAGUUUGGCCUGGGCGUCCAGCUCUAGGAAGAGUCUUGGUGGUUCCAAACUUCUUCCAUUUAAGAAUGAUGGAGGCCACUGUGUUCUUGGGGACCGUCAAGGCUGCAGGCAUUUUUUUGGUACCCUUCCCCAGAUCUGUGCCUCGACACUAUCCUGUCUCGGAGCUCUAUGUACAAUUCCUUCAACCUCAUGGUUUGGUUUUUGCUCUGACAUGCACUAUCGACUGUGGGACCUUUAUAUAGACAGGUGUGUGCCUUUCCAAAUCAUGUCCAAUCAUUUGAGUUUACCACAGGUGGACUCCAAUCAAGUUGUAGAAACAUCUCAAGGAUGAUAAAUGGAAACAGGAUGCACCUGAGCUCAAUUUGGAGUCUCAUAGCAAAGGGUCUGAAUAAGGUAUUUCAGUUUAUUUUUUUCAGAUUUUGCAAAAAUGUAGAAACACUGUUUUUGCUUUGUCAUUAUGGGGUAUUGUGUGUAGAUUGGUGAGGGAAAAACAUGACAUUUAAUCCAUUUUAGAAUAAGGCUGUAAUGUAACAGAAUCUGCAUAAAGGAAAAGGGUCUGAAUACUUUCUGAAUGCACUGUAUAUUCUGAAAGUAACGCAUCGCUAACUAUAGUUGUUACUCAAAUACAAAGUGUAAUUAGUUAUGAUACCUUGUUACUGAUUCAAGUAAUAAUAUUAUUGUACCACAUUAUUUUACUGACAACUUAACCCACAACCCUGGUGAAAUGGACAUCAAUAUACAUAAAUUAGUUUCCAAGAGGAGCGUGGCUGGCUGGUUAAAUUGCGACAAUGGAAGUUGGUUUAGAAAGUAUUGGUUUAUGCCGAUAGAAAGUGAAUGGCUUUCUGGAGGAAUAAGACAAUUUAAUUCAAAUGUGACCCUCGUCAUAAUUCAUACUCUUUAGUACAUUUUCAUAUUAGAAUAUAUUAAAAAAAAAUUGUACUUCAGGUAUCACGACGAGGAAAAUGAGUUAAAUACGUACAUAAUUGACCAGCUUGGCAGCAAACGCCAUUAUGAGAUCAGGGUCUGUAUCCACAAGACAUCUCAGAAAAGGUCCUAGGAAUCCUGUUAAAACCUGUUAAGACUACUAAACACUCCCAGCUCAGAGGAAGUUUUAGGAUGAUGUUAGGACACAGACAAACUGAGCCCAGAGUACAAAUCAACUCAUACAUUUCUGCAUAUUGAUCCUUUAACAUAAACCCUAGAUGCCUUCAAUUGCCUCCAAUUUAUAGCCAUAUUUUUUGUUUAACAAUGUGAUGUUGUGCUCCAAAGGGAUUACUUGGAACAAAUAACAUGAUUCAAUCAUCGAAAGAAAAACAUGUUUAAUUUGCCUAGUGGUUAUAAAUAUUUAGGCAUGUCGUGUGAAAUUUACAAAACAAAGAAAUAGGCCUUGUAAAAUCAUUGUAAAAAGAGCAAGAAAUACUGUUGCAUGUAGGUCUAGAUUACUUCUGGAUUGAUCGUAUAGAAAUAUCAAAACAUUCUUUGAACAACUCCUAACCACUGUCCCGCUGCCUUUUUCUAUUACCAAGACACCUGCUGGUAACUCUUAACUGGUCAGGACAGCUCAUGAGGUCUCCUAAAUAUCUGUCCACUAGGUGGAACUCAUGACUAAAGAGGCUUCAUGCAUAGAUUUGAUUUUUACCCAAAGGAGUAAAAUGUCUCUAUUCUCAGCACCUACAACACAUUUUCUACUCUGAUACACAUUGUGGAUACGGUCCUAGUAUUUGGCACUGCACUGUGUAUUGUCUUUUGAUGUUCUUUCAGUAAUUUAAACCUCUUCCCACACUAAGAGCAGAUGUUAAGCUUCUCUGCUGAGCUAGCUGAUGUUUUUAGGUCUUCUGUAUGACUGAAGCACUCCCCACACUGGGAGCAGUGCAAAGGCUUCUCUCCUAUGUGAGUUCUCUGGUGAGCCGUUAAAGACAUGCUCCGGAACCUAUGGCGACAACAUAAGUAUUUAUUAAACCUCCCACUAUGGGCUGGAUGUGUCAAUGUGUAGUUCAUACAGGCUUAAUCUCUGAGCAUAAUUAUUGUCCUAGUUUGAAAUUAACCGUUUUCUCCACAUUUUCACCCACGUGGGCCAGCCCCCUUGCAAUUCGAGUUCCAGCCAAUACGCUUCAGUCCCUCGCCAUUUGAGUGACAGCUAGCAAGAUGCACACACAGCAAAGCAAGAGAGCGAAAUUACUUGGUGCACAUAUGUGACGUACUAUGACAUUUUUGGGGACCACUUUUGACUCUAGAGCUACUUUCAUAACUAUUGGCUAAAAAGUUCCAGAACAUAUCUAAGUCUCAUUGUUCCAGAACAUAUCUAAGUCUCACUGAAACGAACCACAUGCAGAGAGCAAAGGUAAGGCUUGUCUCCUGUGCGAGUUAGCUAGUGAGUCUUUAGUUUAUGUAACAGGCUGAAGCUCUUCCAACACUGGUAAGGCUUCUUUGUGAGUAAGUGUAACAGUAUAACUUUAGUACGUCCCCUCGCCCCGACCGCGAACCAGGGACCCUCUGCACACAUCAACAACAGUCACCCACGAAGCGUCGUUACCCAUCGCUCCACAAAAGCUGCGUCCCUUGCAGAGCAAGGGGAACCACUACUUCUAGGUUUCAGAGCAAGUGACGUAACCGACUGAAAGGCUGCUAGCUCGCACCACCGCUAACUAGCUAGCCAUUUCACAUCCAUUACAUAAGCUGGUGUCUAUUUAAGGUUUGUAAAAGAGAAACUCAUCCCACAAACAGCAGUGGAAAGGCUUCUCUCCUGUAAGAGUAAGCUUGUGUCUAUUUCAUUUUCUUCCUGUCUGAAAAAUCUUCCCAAAUUGACCUCACGGGUAAGUCUUCUUUCUUUCGAGACUGUUUUUGUGUGAAUCACUGACAAUUGGAACCGGGCUGUCUCCCGGGAGUGAGCCGAGGUUGAAGUCUGCUCAAAACAAAAGUGACGUAGGUUAAGCAAGUCGAGUAAUGAGUAGGAUUCUGGGUUUUCACAUGUAAAAGUGAUUACUUUUGAUAAAAGGCGUAGGUCUGCCUUCCCAAUGAAAACUAGUUUGAAAAUUAAAACACAUUUCAUGGAAAAGAGAUGUAUGUUUCUGAACGAUGCAUCAUGAACAUUUGAUUGAGGGUGCUCAUCUCAUACCGCUUUUGCCCCACAGGCCAUGCCAUAGCUGUGCCAACUUUAUUUAAAUAAACAACAUUCAAACACAA